AUGAACAAUAACAGAUCUAAGCUUCAAUCUAAGGAUUGCUUGAUAUAUCAAAAUGAAAGUUUGUGUAUUGGAAUGAAAGAAAUCGCACAUUGCCCCAUCACUCCACAAAUAUUUGGAAUUCUGAGCCCAAAUGGAGGAAUUCUAGAAUUCUGUUCAGAAUUGAAAAUCGAUGUGCUGCAUUUUGAGUCGCUAAUUUGCUACUGGUUUCAUGAAGAUGUCUAG